AUGUCUCCAUAUCGAUUGGUUUUUGGGAAAGCAUUUUAUCUACUAGUGGAAUUGGAACACAAAGCAUACUGGGCCAUUAAGAAGUUUAACUUCGAUAUGAAGCAAGCUAGUGAAAAAAGGAAGCUCCAACUAAAUGAACUGGAGGAACUGAGGCGUGAUGCGAGAAGCGAGGAAAGAGUAGCUUGGUAUUUCAACAAGAAGGUCAAGUAUCGAAGCUUCAAAGUUGGAGAUUUGGUCUUGCGAAAGGUUACCAUUGCCACCAAAGAUCCAACCGAGGGAAAGUUAGCUCCCAAUUGGGAAGGGCCUUACAAGGUGACCAAUUGCCGAAGAGCGGGAGCUUACUACCUUGACUACUCCGAAGGAAAGGCACUGUACAGGCCACGGAACGCCGAGCAUCUUAAAAAGUACUUUGUUUAA